AUGGAUCCUGAAACCAAAGACAGCUUCAGGGAUAUGGCACAAUGUGUUGUCACGCAGUACAGUACACAAUGCUGCCCACAGAAGACCGGAAAUGUUAAAUGUGCCAAUGGUGUAAGCACCCAAGGGGAAAACAUUGCAGAUAUUGGAGGUGAACUAGCAGCAUAUUUUGCUUAUCGAGAGUACGUGGCUGAGCUAGGAAGCGAGGAAAAGAGAUUACCUUCACUAGAACAAUACACACCAAAUCAAUUGUUCUGGAUGGGAUAUGGUUAUUCAUGGUGCAUGAGCAUCACACCGAGCAGGCUUACCAAACAGCUGUUAACUGAUGUUCACUCUCCGAGCAUAUGUCGUGUUAACAAUGUCCUCCAAAAUAUUCCGGAAUUCGCGAAAGAUUUUGGCUGCUCUAUCGGUCAGAACAUGUAUCCACCACCGGAGCAACGAUGUGCCGUUUGGAUUGAGGAAUAA